UCGCCAUCGCCAUCCCCAUCGCCGUCGCCAUCGCUAUCACCAUCGCCAUCGCCAUUGUCAUCGUCAUCGUCAUCAAUAUCGUCAUCGUCAUCAUCGUCAUCGUCAUCGUCAUCGCCAUCGCCAUCGCCAUCGCCAUCGCCAUCGUCAUCGUCAUCGUCAUUGUCAUCUUCGUCAUCAUCUUCCUCAUCUUCAUCGUCAUUGUCAUCGUCAUCGUAAUCGUCGCCAUCAUCAUCAUCAUCAUCAUCAUCAUCUUCAUCGUCAUCGCCAUCGUCAUCGUCAUCGCCAUCGUCAUCGUCAUCUUCAUCUUCAUCGUCCUCGUCAUCAUCAUCAUCGUCAUCGUCAUCA